UGUGUGCCUCUGCCUUCCCUAACACCUAGUGCACCCACAGUCCCCAUUUCUCCUUCGACUUUCCCUUCUGGCUCUCUCCAGCAAGACUGAAUCCCCAACCCCAAUGUGCAUCGAUCCCCCUUCUCUGCCUUUUCCCACUGCUGCCAUAGCCCCUACCCCCAGGAAUGCUCCCACAGUCUCUUCUACCACAGAAGCCCAUGUCUGUGAAGACAUGAGCUGGGAGCCAUCUUCGGAGCCUGCAGUGAUGGACAUGGAUACCACGCCCCCUUCGGAGGCAGUUAUUCUCAGAUCACCUCCAGAAAGCUCAAUGCCCUUUGCGUUUGGCCACAGCUGUGCCACAGUGCCCACUGGCACUCCUGCACUCACGGUCCCCUGCCCCAACCCUUUUGGGAACAAUCUGCGCACACCCGGGACCACCGAUGGGCAGAGGCAGAGCAUGUCUUCUGCCAGUGCUUCUGGUCUGAGGGUUGACCCUGGCCUGGUGCCAGCACUGCCCUCCAUGGUGGCAAUAACACCAUCUCAUCCUCCCAUGGAUUUUGAGUCCAUCGACACCACGCCACCUUCGCAGGCUGUCCUCUUGCACUCUCGACGUGCCUCUGAACUUGUUUCCACCAGGUUGCUGGCACAGGCAGUUUGGGGGUCUACCGCAGCUUUCAACCAUACCGGGGCUCCCUCUCAGCCCACCUGUGCAUUACUGAACAGGAAGCAGCAGCCUGCUGGCCGUGUCAUUCUGAGGAAUCCAUUGUCCUCAGCAGCCACAGCUGGCCUAACUGUACCAACAGGCCAACCUGCUAGUGGCAGCAAAACCCAACUGGGAUUCGGAAUCCCCAACCCCAAUGUGCAUCGAUCCCCCUUCUCUCGCUUUUACCACUGCUGCUCUCGCCCCCACAGUCUCUUCUACCACAGAAGCCCCUAUCUGUGA